AUGUUUUUGAAAUAUAGUGGGAUUCCUCCUGUAACAAUCACCGAACCUAAUUCAGUAGUUUCCUUCUGUUGGACAUAUUUUACAAUUUAUGCGGUACGGCGCUCUCAUUCGAAACAUUCACGUUGUCGGUCGUUGUUGCCGAAUUCACCAAUGUCUACACAACCAAUAUCCAGGCAUCGAAAACAACAUUUUCCACGUUUAGAACGUCGAAAAUUAAUCACUCCCUUGUCAUCAUCACAAACACUUCCUUUACAUGAUUAUGAUUCUGACGACGAUCCAGUUUAUAUGCCAAAACAUCCUACAAGAAGUUCAUUGAUUUCUACUACUACUCCUACUACCAAUAAUAGUAAUAAUCCCAAACCAUUUCGUUCAUUGAAUAAUAAUAAAAUCGAUUGUAAAGAUCCAUCGAAUACUGCAACCACAUCAUCAUCAUCAUCAUCGUCAUCAUCAACAACAACUGGUCGUCCAGACAAACGUGCACGUGAUGAACACAAUGAACAAGAACGUAGUCGUCGACGUGAAUUAGCUGUGAUCUAUGAAUUAAUCCGGUGUAGUUUUACCAAUGAUGAUUUACGUUAUCUCGGCCAGUGUAAUGGUCCAAAAUCCAUUGAUAAAUUAUCUUAUCCACAAGUUUUACAAAUUGCUUAUCAAUUAAUUCGUGAAGAACAGCAUAAUUUAACAUUAUUUGAAAAAUCUUUAAAUGAUUUAAAAGUUAUUGAAAAAGAAUUUGUACGUGUUGGUUUGCCAGUGCCGGAACGACCAAAAUCUCCUUAUAUACUGGAUACAUAUCGUAAAAUGAUACAACUUGUUGAUAAUUUAUUACGUCAUGAUAAACUUGCUCGUUCCAUUGACGGUGUCUACGAAGUGACUCCAGCUGAACGUGCAGCUAUCGGUGAUCAAGAAUUGUCAUUCCUACUACCACGUUCACAUCAUCAUCACGUUCAUCCUCAUCAUCAUCAGCAUCAACAGCAUCCGCACCAUCCGCAUCAUACAUCUACAACUCCUAUGACAGAUUAUUCACAUCGAUUAAUGAAAGGCCGGAAAUUAUUCAAUUUCGCCAAUCGAUCUAAUUACACUGAGAAUUAUUUAGAAGAACGUGAUGAUACAGUGAGAAAUUGUUUCUCCACCAAUUGGUCCACCACUACCUCUGGUAUUCCAACCAAAUUCAAACGAUCCUCUUCUUCCGCAUCGCUGGAUUAUGCUGUGGAAGAGGAGGACACUGACUCGAAUCUUUUGCCGCCUACGCCACCACCUCACCCUCCUCCUCCUCCUCCUGCAUCGUCCACGAAUCGUGUUCGGAAUACUCUGACUGCCACUGCCGCCGCUGCCGUUCCUGCCAGUACCAUUACCACUUCUACUAUUACUACUACUAACAAUAACAACAACUUAAAUACUACUAAUAGUAGUAGUGGUAUCAGUAUCAAUAAUCAUUGGUUAGACGAUCCAGAAUACUUGGACAUUUUAUCCAAAUUCAAAGAUGAUCCUCAUCUAUCUUAUGAAUUCGAUACAACACCAAUUGAAGAGCUGGAUGAUGACGAUGCUGGCAUCGAUGUGGAUGUGGAUGUCGAUGGUCUAUUGUUGAAUUUCGUGUCGGAUGAAUUAUUGAACUAG